AUGUACUCAACAUACAAAUCCCACUGCACUAUGAAAGCCUUGGUUGGCAUCGCUCCACAUGGGCCAGUCACAUGUAUUUCCCAACUGUAUGCUGGUUCAAUUCUUGACAAAGAGGUCUUUAAACAAUCAGGAGUAGGUGAAUUGUUGAGAGAAGACAUGGCUGUGAUGGUGGACAUGGGCUUCCUUAUCAGUGACUGCUGCAGAUGCAUAGUGUACUGUCCUCCUUUUCUGUCAAAACAGAAGCAGAUGCCAGCAUACCAGGUGAGGGAGACCCAGGCCAUUGCUGGACUCUGUGUGCACAUGGAGCGGGUAAUCAGGAGGAUAAAGCAAAACAGAAUUUUUGACCCGUUCAUCCAGUUGUCUCAUGCCUACAACAUCAAUGAACUCUUUGCAGUUGCAUGUCUGCUGUCAAAUUACCAAAACAAAGCCCUGGUAAAGAAAUGGGUCAAGUGA